UAAAGUGCUUCGUCACAAUGAUGUCGACAAAUCUACAUAAAAAAUGUGUUGAUUCAUAUCAAUGGCCAUAGUCUAAAGUUCGUAUCAUAUAAAUAGUAUUCAAAUUUUCAUUGAAUUUAGUGAAUGGUUAUACUUUGAAGAGGAAACACGUCUUUUUAAUCAAGGAAAUUCUAUAUUGUAUUUGUCGUUAUUUAUAAUCAUAAUUAGAAAUAUUACGCAGGAUUCCGUAUCAAAAGUGGCAAGUGUAAAGUGUUGUCUUAUAAAUCUUCAAUAAACAUUGAAAAUGGUGAAAGCGCGGAAAUACGUAGUGAAGAACCUAUUUCAAGGCUUCCCGAAAAAGAGUGACUAUGAAGUCGUCGAAACCGAGCUACCACCACUAAAACAUGGCGAGAUUCUGGUUAAGACCGAGUGGGUGAGCGUCGACCCCUACCUGCGAGCGUACAACUACCUGACCCCCGCUCCUUACGACCAAUUCAGCUACCAAGUCGGAGUAAUCCUGGAAUCCAAGAGCGCACAAUACCCAGUUGGCAAAAGAAUAGUUUCCCACAAAGGCUGGUGCGAUUAUUAUGUCCUGGAUACCACCGUCGAGCCGGAAUUUUUCGAUAGAAUCUAUUUGCUACCUAACAUGCAAGGUAUUUCACCAUCCGUUGCAAUUGGAGCUGCCGGUAUGCCGGGUAUCACGGCUUACUUUGGAUUCUUAGAAGUAUGCAAGCCUAAAGAGGGUGAAACUGUGGUUGUGACCGGCGCCGCAGGCGCGGUCGGCUCCCUCGUUGGUCAGAUCGCUAAGAUCAAGGGCUGUAAAGUCAUCGGCUUCGCUGGCUCUGACGCCAAGGUGCAAUGGCUGGAGAAGGAACUGGGUUUCGACAAGGCUUUCAACUACAAGACCGUUGAUGCUUACAAAGCACUGAAGGAAGCGGCUCCUAAAGGAGUAGACUGCUACUUCGACAAUGUCGGCGGCGAGAUCAGCAGCAUAAUUAUCAACCAGAUGAAUGAAUAUGGAAGGGUUGCUGUAUGUGGGUCUAUCAGUGCAUACAAUGAAAACCCUGGGAACGUGCCCAAAGCGAGUAUACUGCAACCAGCUGUGGUAUCCAAGCAGCUGACAAUUUCAGGAUUUGUAGUAUCCAGAUGGACAGACCGUUGGGCUGAAGGUGUCACUCAACUGAUCACGUGGAUUAAGGAGGGAAAACUGAAGGCCAGAGAGCACAUUACGGAAGGAUUCGACAAUGUCUUCGAUGCGUUUGUCGGUAUGCUGAACGGAGAGAACACUGGCAAAGCCGUAGUUAAGUUCUAACAUGAUAUUAAUUUGUCUAGAUAUUUCAACAUUAUUUAUAUUAUUUAUACAAUUUGUGCGAAAAAAAAAUCGAUGAAUGAUGGUCUAAAUAAAUGAAGUGUGUUAUCAAGGUCACAUCUUUAGAAUCGAUGUCACAAACCCGUUAUUGUAGAAUAUAUUGAGAAAUAAAUAAUUUCAAUUAUU